GGUGAACACUGCGACAGCUCGGUCUCCUUUACAAAGCCUUCCUUCGCCCGCCGAUUUAGUCUCAGAUCUGUUCUAUAAGUAAUACCACCGCUAUCACAGUGCUGGUGCUUACUUUCUCUUCUCUGAAACACUACGCACAUCUCAACCGAGAACGAUUCCGAACUUCCAGCUUGGCAUAGUGCGCUAGGCGUUUCAUAUAUAAGUAUUUUGCCCCUCGUGGCUAUCUGAACUAUGUCAAUCAUAUCUGGCAUUCUGUCAAGCGCCUUAGAAAGGACAAAGCUCGCAGCUCUUGGAAAUGUCGAACUUCCUCUCAUGGAUGACGAACCGCUGGCGGUCGCUAAGGCAGACGACAGUGGCUUAGGAAAAUGUGAAAUACGAAUAGAGGGCAUGACGUGCGGUGCAUGUGUAGAGUCUAUCGAAGGCAUGCUUAGACCGCAAGCCGGCAUACAUUCAAUCAAAGUCGCACUUCUUGCUGAAAGAGGUGUAGUCGAGUAUGACCCUUCUGUAUGGACACCAGAGAAGAUUGUCAAUGAAAUUUCAGACAUAGGAUUUGAUGCCACUGAAAUACCAAUAGCGCGCUGUGAUAUGAUCACAUUGCGGAUAUAUGGCAUGACAUGUGGUUCGUGCACGUCGGCUAUAGAAACUGGGCUGCGUGGGAUGCCAGGGGUGACUAGCGUUGCCGUCUCACUCACCACCGAGACAGCUAAGAUAGAAUUUGAACCAAGUCUCGUUGGCCCUCGGGAAAUGGUCGAACGCAUAGAAGAUAUGGGUUUUGAUGCAAUAUUGUCAAAUCAAGAGGAUGCCACGCAAAAACAAUCACUUGCCCGAACCAAAGAGAUCCAAGAGUGGGCCAGCCGCUUUAAAUGGGCGCUCACAUUCGCCGUGCCAGUGUUCUUCGUCAGCAUGAUCGCGAUGCACAUACCAUUCCUCCGACCCCUCGUCAAUUUUCAUUUAUUCAACGGUAUCUAUCUCGGUGAUCUUAUCCUUCUUGCCCUUACGACUCCCGCACAAUUCUGGGUCGGUCAGAAGUUUUAUCGGAAUGCGUUCAAAGCACUUAGACAUCGUACCGCGACCAUGGACGUCUUGGUCAUGAUCGGAACCUCGGCGGCUUAUUUUUAUUCGUUAUUUGCCUUACUCUUUGCAGCGUUCAACACCACCCCUGACUAUCGUCCUUUAUUUUCUUCGACACGAGGAAAGACGAGCGCUGCUCUAACAGAUCUCAUGGCCCUCGCACCAACCAUGGCCACGAUCUACACGGAUUCUCCGGCAUGUACUCAAGAGAAACGCAUUCCUACGGAGCUGGUGCAAGUGGGGGAUACCAUCAAACUUGUCCCCGGAGACAAAGUGCCCGCUGACGGGACGGUCAUCCGAGGAUCAUCCACCGUGGAUGAAAGCGCCGUCACUGGCGAACCGGUUCCGGCAUUGAAACAGCCUGGAGACAGCGUCAUCGGGGGCACCGUCAAUGGCCUUGGGACUUUCGACAUGCUCGUGACCCGUGCAGGCAAAGAUACAGCGCUUGCACAAAUCGUCAAACUCGUCGAAGAGGCACAAACAUCCAAAGCACCAAUUCAGGCAUUUGCGGACCGUGUUGCAGGCUUCUUUGUUCCUGCCGUCAUCACGCUCGCAGUACUCACAUUCGCUACGUGGAUGGUGAUUUCACAUGUCAUUAGCGAGGAUAAACUCCCAGCUAUGUUCCACAGCCACGGUGCGAGCCGGCUAGCAGUUUGUUUGCAGAUGUGCAUAUCAGUGGUGGUGGUCGCAUGCCCGUGUGCUCUGGGACUGAGUACGCCGACAGCUAUCAUGGUUGGCACGGGUGUGGGUGCAAAGAACCAGAUCUUUAUCAAGGGUGGCAGGGCACUCGAGGCUAGCCGGUCGAUCAAACGGAUCGUGUUGGACAAAACAGGCACCGUCACGCAGGGGAAACUCACUGUUGCGGGUAUGACAUGGAUGCCCCCACGUGAUUCCUCUGAGCUCUUACCCGAUGACAACGUCGGCUCUCAAUCUUUGUCAUUCAAAUGCGCCGACGGCACUACUACGCGCGCAACUAUCAUAGCAAUGGUCGCUGCCACGGAGGGCAAGUCCGAACACCCUCUUGCGAAAGCCAUCGCCGCUCAUGGCAAGAAUCUGCUUGCCGGUGCCGAUGUCCAAUCACCAGCAUUGGACAUCAAGUCUUUCGAGAGCGUGACUGGUGCUGGUGUGAAAGCUCUUAUCUCAUCAUCUGGUUCCAACUAUACUCUAUACAUCGGAAACGCACGGUUCAUCGCGCAAUCCAACAUUGUACAGCUACCUUCCGUUUUGACGAAUUACGAGGCUCAAGAGAGCAAGCUCGGUCGCACGGUGAUCUUCGUCUCUUCGUCCCGGGCAUCUUCUGCUCCGUUGCCCUUGCUUGCAGUUUCUUUGUCGGACGCCCCCAAGCCCUCGUCUGCGCAGGCAGUCAAGGCACUACAGAGCAUGGGCAUUGAGGUGAACAUGAUGACGGGUGACGGGAUGGUCACAGCUUUGGCGGUUGCCAGACAAGUGGGGAUCAAGUCCGAUGGCGUUUGGGCCAACAUGAGUCCCAAAGGCAAGGCGUCCCUUGUUACGGACCUUAUGGGGCAGGGCAACGGCGGUGUUGCAAUGGUUGGUGAUGGCAUCAAUGACUCGCCCGCCCUUGUGGCUGCCACGGUCGGCAUCGCCCUUUCCUCAGGGACCUCUGUAGCCAUCGAAGCUGCCGACAUCGUUCUCAUGCGCUCUGAUCUCCUCGAUGUCGUUGCUGCGCUACACCUUUCGCGCAGCAUCUUCUCUACGAUCCAACGAAAUCUCGUCUGGGCGUGUAUAUAUAAUGUACUUGGGAUCCCGCUUGCGAUGGGCGUGUUCUUGCCCUUUGGGCUGUAUAUGCAUCCGAUGCUGGCAGGCGCCGCAAUGGCGUUCUCGUCGGUGAGCGUAGUGACGAGCUCGCUGAUGCUGCGAUGGUGGCGACGGCCGCUGUUGAGUGUGAUGCCCGGGGAGACGGUAUACGGGGAGACAUUGUUUGAGAGCGGGAGAAAUGCGUUGGAUGAUAUGUGGGAUUCUGUGAAGGGAUUGGUGAGGAGGCGGAGGGUGGAUGAAGGGUAUAGCCAGCUUGCGAUGGAAAUGUCGGAUAGUGUUUGAUGGGAUUUUGGGAAGUUUAAUAUUGUUGUAUGUAUGGUUGAUGUAUACUCUUUGCGCGUGACUAUCUUAUUCAAGUUAAUACUUAGACUGUACUCUUAGACAAACAAUCGUUAUAUUAUCGACCG